UUCUAUUAUUUUUUUCAACAGAUUUUGGGAUUUCUGAAAACAAUUUUGAAUUUUCAGGAGGUGCAAGAAUUUCUUCAUAUUUCAUCAAGAAUUUUCGAGCUAGGGCAUCAUGCAUUAGGAAAUUUGUUUUGUCUCAAUUUUUUUGGGGGAAUAAGGAAUAUAUAUUAUGGGAUGCCUAUGUUCAAAAGGAACACAUGUUAACAACCAUGUUGCCGAAUAUGAAGCGAAAAAGGAAACGGAGAGAAGCCAACGGCCAACUGAGCUAACUCCACCGGUGGAGGUCACAGUGAGAGGCAACGACGCCUCCCGGAAUUCCCGAUCGUCGAUGAAAUCGAGCUUGCGGUUGCAUUCGGUUAAGGGCGAGCCCGUUGAACAAAACCCUAGGGAUAAGAUCAUCAAUAGGCCGGCAAGCGGACACCGGAGGAAUUUGACAUUGGAUUCGAUGCGAGGGAGAGGGAGGCAAGAGCCGGUCACGAGUGUCACGAGCAUUCCCCACGGCACCAAGGGCGAGGCGGCCACCGCUGGAUGGCCGCCCUGGCUCACUUCCGUGGCCGGGGAGGCCGUCAAGGGAUGGGCUCCUCGGAGUGCGGACUCGUACGAGAAGUUAAAGAAAAUCGGGCAAGGGACGUACAGUAGCGUCUACAAGGCUCGUGAUCUCAAGAACGACAAGAUCGUGGCGAUGAAGAAAGUGAGGUUCGUUCAGAUGGAGCCGGAGAGUGUUCGUUUCAUGGCGAGGGAGAUCGGGAUCCUUCGCCGGCUAGACCAUCCGAACGUGAUGAGGCUCGAAGCCAUCGUGAUCUCGAGUCAGUCGGGGAGUUUGUACCUCGUGUUCGAGUACAUGGAGCAUGACCUAGCCGGACUUUUAGCGUCUUCGAAGGUCAAAUUCACCGAACCACAGAUCAAAUGCUAUAUGCAGCAGAUUUUACGCGGGCUCGAGCAUUGCCACAGUCUGGGUAUUCUCCACCGCGAUAUCAAGGGUGCAAACAUCCUCGUUGACAGCAACGGAUCCCUCAAGAUUGCCGACUUCGGCUUGGCCACAAUCGUCAACCCCAGCAAGAAGCACCCCUUAACGAGCAGGGUCGUGACUCUCUGGUACCGAGCUCCCGAGCUGUUGCUCGGAGCAACAGAUUACGGAGCAGCCAUUGAUUUGUGGAGUGUUGGUUGCAUUCUUGCUGAGCUCUUCACAGGGAAGCCUAUCAUGCCUGGUAGAACCGAGGUCGAACAAACACACAAGAUAUUCAAGCUCUGUGGCUCACCAACAGAAGCCUUCUGGAAAAAGACGAAGCUACCACUCGCUAGUAGCUUCAGAUCACAGCGCGUCUACAAGCGCAGCGUUUCUCAGACGUUCAAGGACUUCCCCCCGUCUACGCUGGCUCUUCUUGAGGUCCUCCUCUCCAUAGAUCCACAGGAACGGGGCACUGCUUCUUCCGCGCUCAACAGUGGGUUUUUCACGUCGAUGCCUCUGCCCUGCGAGCCGUCUAAACUGCCAAGGUACCCUUCGAGUAAGGAGCUCGAGGCCAGGAUUAGAGACGAGGAAGCAAAGAGGCGAAGAGGCGAGGGCGGUAAAGGAGGUAAAGAGGAGGAUGCAAGCAAGAUUUCCAACACACAGAAAGCUAUUCCAGAGGGACAGGAGAUCCCAAACGCGAGCACGAAUUAUCAGUAUAAUCCCGACAGCAGUAACGCAUUCCCUAUUGUGCCUCCGAGAGUUAGGAAUGGAUGUAGUCACCAGUCGAAGUCCGUGAUCCACCCGAACGCAGCAGGGUACUCUUGGAACAAGAAGAUGAACGAUGAUGAUCACUCAGCCCACGGCCUGCGCCACAACCAUCCUCCAGAGCUCAUGAGACAGGGAACUGCACUGCGCCAGCCUAUGGUAGACUCCUCCGACUUCCACCCAAAGAGUGGCCGGAGGGGAUUGAAUAACGACUCAAGGGGGCUAAGGAGAAACAAGAUGAAUUACUCGGGGCCGUUGAUACCUCCAGGAGGAAACAUGGAGGAGAUGCUUAAGGAGCACGAGAGGCAAAUCCAAGUGGCGGUGCGCAAGGCGCAGCUCAACAAAAACAGGUCAAAUGCGAACAUCGAAUGAGAGACAAACUGCAAUGGUUAAGAAUAGAUGAUCUACUAGACAAUGCAGCAAAAGAAAACAACUUACAUAAAAUGUAUAUGGAAGUGAAUUGCCUUAAAGAUUAAUGUCAAAGCAGAAUUUGUUGGGGCAGAAGAUGAGAGUCGAACUAGCUGGAGGAGGGAAUGCUGGUUACGGUUAGUUCAGUGCAGGUCGAGCAAAUUUUAA